AUGGCUGUAUCACUCAAAUCCCGCACUGAAGGUGCAAUCUGGGGAGUCUGCAUCGCCGAUGCCCUAGGUGGCCCAGUCCAAUUCAAAGACCCAAAUACAUUCGAACCUAUCACCGGUCUGAGAUAUGUGGCUCCAUUCAAACAACCCGCUGGCUCAUAUUCCGACGAUGGCUCCAUGACUCUAGCCCUAGCCUACUCCUUCGUCGAGUCUGAGAUGCAAUACAACCACAUCAUGUCAAUCAAGUUCUACGUUGAAUGGAUGACCCAUGGUCGAUUCAGCACCAUCGACCGUGCAUGGGAUAUGGGGCAUUCCACGCGCAAGUCCCUGUCGAUCUGGAAAAAAUCCCGCAUGGAGAAUAUCGAGGGUGCGCAGGCUCGCAUCGACAUCGAGUUGGAUUCCGAGGAGCGCUCGGGGAAUGGGAGCUUGAUGAGGAUUGCUCCUGGUCGGGUUACGCAUCCUUCGCUUCCUUGUGUUGAAGCUUGUGAGGCUUAUACGGAGUUGGUUUGUGGGGUUAUGAAUGGCCAUACCAAGCAGCAAUUGUUUGAUACGAUUUCUGCUUUUCCUUUUACGCAUCCUGCUCUGAAAGAACGCAUGGCGCAGUACAAGACGAUUACGGACUGGACAGCCAAGACAUCUGGAUAUAUCACUAGUAGUGGAUGGGUUGUGGAUACGCUCGAGGUUGCUCUGUGGGCAUUCUUUAAGUAUGAUUCUUGGAAGGAGGGUGCGUUGGCUGUUGUGAAUCGGGGAGGUGAUUCUGAUACUGCUGGUGCUGUUUAUGGAGGUCUGGCUGGUGCAUACUAUGGGGUUGAGUUCAUACCCCAGGAAUGGAAGGAUGGAAUGCAGAGGAAAGACUUCAUUGGGGGGAUUGCUAAUAAGUUGGCUCAAGGGGUAGUUGACGCCAGUUCAAAGUGA